AUUUUCAUUUUUUUACUUUUUAAUGAUUUAUAAUUUUCAGUGUAGAGAGUGUUCACCUUUUUAAUUAUGUUUGCUACUAGAAAUCUUUAUUUUUUAUUGUUGAUGCAGAAGCAGCAUUUGGCAACAUUGAACAUGUCUUUGUGAUUUAAGAAACUCAACAAAUUAAGUAUAGAUGUUAUGUACUUCAACACAAUAAAGAUUGUAUAUGAUAGAUUAAUGGCUGAAAUCAUACUGAAUAGGAAAGAGCAGAAAACUUUAUCAGAGAUCUGGAACACAACAAGGAUGCUUUUAUUUAAUAUUAUUGUGUAUGACAGCAUUCAGCUAUGUACACUGUAAGACUGUGGAGCACAAGUGAAAUAUGGAUCAGUGAUAUAUCUAUUUCCAAUAUAAGAGUCUCUGUGUUUAUCUGUCUGCAUAUUGUUUCCCUAUUGUUUUUAAGUUGUAUACUUAUUUUGUUUGUGUGUUAACAAUGGUGGUUUUACCCUGCCUAGGUGAGUAGUCAUUGAAGUUCUCCUAAUUUUACCCUCUAUUUAUUUGUAAAUCUAUAUUUGUGUGUGUGUGUGAGAAACACUUUUGAGAUUUGAAGAUAAUUUCCAAAACUCAUACCUCUACAUCUUUUAGAUAUUAUUUUUGAUCAGUAUAUGUUACGUGUAUAUGUCUGUGAAGAAAUUAUGGCCUGUGGUAUUUUGUUAUGCCAUCUUACCAGCGUACUUUGUAUAAGUUUACAUAUUAGAUUCUUAAAGUAUAUUCAUAUGAAUCUAGUAAGUGGGAUAAUUUAUUUUGAUUUCUUUCAGCUAUGUGUUCUCAUUUCACCCAAGACUUUUUGCCAGUGCAGGGAAUAGAAGAUUCAUUCCAUAAACUUAUAUUAAGAAGAUAUGAGAAAUAUGGACAUGAGAAUUUACAAUUAAGAAAAAGCUGUAAAAGGACGGUGCAGAAAGGAGGUUAUAGUGAAUUUAAUCAAUGCUUGUCAACUACCCAGAGCAAACUAUUUCAGUGUAAUGCACAUGUUAAAGUAUUUAGUAAAUUUUCAAAUUCAAAAAAACGUAAGACAAGACAUACUGGAGAGAAACACUUUAAAGAAUGUGGCAAGUCAUUUCAGAAAUUCUCAGACCUAACUCAACAUAAAGGAAUUCAUGCUGGAGAGAAACCCUACAUGUGUGAAGAAUGUGGCAAAGACUUUAAAUGGUAUUUAAUCUUUAAUGAAUAUAAGAUAAUUCAUACUGGAGAGAAACCCUUCACAUGUGAAGAAUGUGGCCACAUCUUUACCACAUCCUCAAACUUUGCUAAACAUAAAGUUCAUACUGGAGAGAAAUCUUACAAAUGUGAAGAAUGUGGCAAAGCCUUUAAUAGGUCCUCAACCCUUACUAAGCAUAAGAGAAUUCAUAUUGGAGAGAAACCCUCCACAUGUGAAGAAUGUGGCAAAAUCAUUACCUCAUCCUCAAACAUUGCCAAACAUAAGAAAAUUCAUACCAGAGAGAAGCUCUACAAAUGUCAGGAAUGUGGCAAAGUCUUUAACAGGUCCACAACCCUUACUAAACAUAAGAGAAUUCAUACUGGAGAGAAACCCUACAUAUGUGAAGAAUGUGGCAAAGCCUUUAGUAGGUCCUCAGUUCUGAAUGAACAUAAGAGAAUUCAUACUGGAGAGAAGCCCUAUAAAUGUGAACAAUGUGGCAAAGCAUUUAGACAAUCAGCAACCCUUAAUAAACAUAAGAGUAUUCAUACUGGAGAGAAACCCUACACAUGUGAAGAAUGUGGAAAAGCCUUUAGUCGGUUCACAACCCUUAAUGAACAUAAGAGAAUUCAUACUGGAGAGAAGCCCCACAAAUGUGAAGAGUGUGGCAAAGCCUUUGGAUGGUCCACAGACCUGAAUAAACAUAAGAUAAUUCAUACUGGAGAGAAACCUUACAAAUGUGAAGAGUGUGGCAAAGCCUUUGGAUGGUCUGCAUAUCUGAGUAAACAUAAGAAAAUUCAUACUGGAGAGAAACCUUAUAAAUGUGAAGAGUGUGGCAAAGCCUUUUUAUGUUCCAGAGCCCUGAAUAAACAUAAGACAAUUCAUACUGGAGAGAAACCUUACAAAUGUGAAGAGUGUGGCAAAGCCUUUGGAUGGUCCACAUACCUGAGUAAACAUAGGAAAAUUCAUACUGGAGAGAAACCUUAUAAAUGUGAAGAGUGUGGCAAAGCAUUUAGACAUUCCAGAGUACUGAAUAAAUAUAAGACAAUUCAUACUGGAGAUAAAAUCCCCAAAUGUAAAGGAUGUGGCAAAGCCUUUAAGCGGUCCUCAUACCUUAAUCAACAUAAUAAAAUUUAUACUGGAGAGAAACUCUAGAAAUAUGAAGAAUGUGGCAAAGCCUUUGGAUGAUCCACAAACCUGAAUGAACAUAAGAAAAUUCAUAAGGGAGACAAACCCUACAAAUGUAAAGAAUGUGGGAAAGCCUAUAAACGGUCCUCACCCAUGAAUAAACAUGAGAAAACUCAUAAUGGAGAGAACACCUACAAAUGUAAGGAAUCUGGCAAAGUCAUUACCUCAUCCUCAAACUCUGCUAAACGUAAGAGAAUUCAUACUGGCGAGAAACCCUAUUAUGUUUAAAAUAUCAUAAAACCUUUAAUAGCUCCACAACCCUAAUUGAACAUAGGAGGAGUCAUACUGGAGAGAAACCCUACAGGUGAAGAAUGUGGCAAAGCCUUUAGACAGUCUGGAAACCUUUAUGUACAUAGGAGAAUUCAUACUGGAGAUAAAACCAUACAAGUGUAAAUGAUGUGGAAAAGCCUUUAAGCUGUACUCCAGCAUUCUUAAACAUAAGAGAACUCAUACUGGAGGAAUGUCUUACCAACAUGAAGAAUGUGGCAGUCUUUAAAUGUUCCUCAAUCU